AUGACCGACCACAAAUCAAUUGAGGAUGCUUUAUUUGAAUCACUUUUAACUAAGGAAACAUUUGAGGGGUACGAGGAUCCUGAAAAAUUCAAACAGUACAUUCCAAAAAUCGAACAAUACAAGAAAGAAUUGCAAGAUGCAAUCUUGGAUGAAUAUAAAGUUGAUUUCCCAAAACCUAUUGAUGAAUUAGUCGAGGAACAACUUGACGCCGUCGACUACCUAUACAAGGCCAAACUACUUACUCCUGAGGAAAUCAAGAUCACCGAUUCAUCAGCUAGUGAGAUUGUACAAAAUAUUGCCGAAGGUAGAUGGACUGCAGUCCAAGUUUUCAAAGCAUUUGCUCAUAGAGGCACGAUUGCCCAUCAAUUUACAAAUUGUGCACAUCAAUUGUUUGUCGAUGAAGGGUUGAAACAGGCUCAAAAGUUGGAUGAUUAUCAAAAGAAAAAUGGGAAACUUAUUGGUCCCUUGCAUGGGGUUCCUAUAUCUUUGAAAGAGCAGUCAGGAUACAAAGGGAAGAUUACACACGCUGGGUAUGUGGGGUUAAUUGACAACAUUUCACCUAAGCAUUCUGUCACAACGCAAAUCCUUUCUGAUUUAGGAGCUGUGUUUUACAUCAGAACAACCCAACCACAAACCCUUAUGCAUUUGUGCUCCGGAAACAAUUUUUCAGAAAAGACCAAGUGUCCUUUCAAUAUUGCAUUGUCAAGUGGAGGUUCGUCUUCAGGGGAAGGUGCUGUUGUCUCAUUUGGUGGAUCAGCUAUUGGUAUUGGAUCAGAUAUUGGAGGUUCUGUGAGAUCACCAGCUGCAUUCUCUGGGUGUCAUGGGUUAAGACCCACUACAAGAAGAUUAUCAACAUUGGGUGGUGUUUCGUCCGGUGCAGGUCAAGAGUCCGUCCCAGCCGUUUAUGGUCCAUUGACUAGAACUAUUGGUGACAUUGAUUAUAUGAUGAAAACGUACAUAAACGAAGGACACCCAUGGGACUACGACGCUUGGUCCUUUUACAUGCCUUGGAGGGAGGUACCAAAGCCACAAGCUACAGACUUGACCAUUGCUGUAAUUAGAGAUGAUGAAUUGGUUAGACCAUCGCCACCAAUCAGGCGUGGAGUUGACACAGUAGUUAAGAAGUUAAAAGAAGCUGGUGUAGAUAUUAUAGAGUUUACUCCACCCAACACGGAAUUGGCUUACGAAACAGUCAACAAAAUGUAUUGCUGUGAUGGUAAUGAAAAGCAACGUGAAUUGUUGGCAAAGAGUGGUGAGCCGUUACAAAAACUUACCAAGUGGAGUUUGAACUAUGGAGAGGGUGCUAGAAAUUACUCAAUCCAGGAGAAUCGUAAAUUGAAUACGAUUAGAGACGCAUUGAGAAAUGAAUACAAUGACUUUAUGGUGCAAAAUAAAGUUGAUUUCAUUUUGUCACCAGUGUACAAUAAUGUUGCACCACGUCCAGGCCAGGUCUAUAACUGGUCAUACACCACUUUGUUCAAUAUCUUAGAUUUUCCAACUUUAGCAUUCCAAACUGGAUUAAAACAGGAUCCAGAAAUUGAUGUGUGGACUGAGGAGGACCAAAAGUACAACUUUAGAUCAAAAUUGGAGCAAUUGGAGAACAACAAUUAUAAACCAGAAAAUUUUAAGCACGCUCCUAUUGCCUUACAAUUGAGUGGAAGAAGAUAUCGUGAUGAAGAAGUUGUAGCUGCUGGUAAACUCAUCGUUGACGAUAUUUUGAAAGUCAAUUUGUUACAUUGA